CUUUGACCUCCCUCGGCCAACCCUACCUGCCUUCCUUCCCCCAUUCUCACUUUUGACACCCUUUUACCUCACACUUCCUCUUUAUAGCCGUUGCACUCCCCUCUUUGUUCAGCCCCUAACACCAACGCAAAAAUGAAAAAAACCCCUUCACUUUCAGCACAGCUUCACGAGAAACCUGACAAAGAACCGCCCCCACGAGCUUCACCUUCUUCUUCCAAAUGUUCUCCAAGCCACUCUCUUCUUUCUUGCUCUUUGAAACGGAAAAGACCGCCUAAGAUUGAGAUCCCAAAUGUCUUGCAAGAAAUCCAAGCCAACACCCUGAAAGUUAAAGAUGUUACCCCUCAAGAUGACGCCGUUAGCUUCGGUGGGUUGGGUGUGGGUGUUUUCUCUGUCAAAGGCAAAAAGAAGUUCAUGGAAGAUACUCACAAGAUCGUUUCUUGUUCGCAUGGAAAUUCAAACAAAGCUUUUUUUGGCGUUUAUGAUGGACAUGGAGGGAAAAAGGCUGCUGAAUUUGUUGCAGAAAACUUGCACAACAAUAUUUUUAAGAUGUUGAAGAAUUGUGAAGGAAAUGAGGAGAAGGAGGAGGCAGUUAAGGCUGGUUACCUCAAAACAGAUGAGGAGUUCUUGAAGCAGGAUGUAGCCAGUGGUACCUGCUGUGUCACAGCAGUAAUAGAAGGUGAGGACAUUGUUGUGUCAAACUUGGGAGAUUGCAGGGCUGUGUUGUAUAGAGGAGGAGUAGCUGAAACGCUUACAACAGAUCAUAAAGCAGAACGAGAGGAUGAAAGAAAAAGGAUUGAGAAUAAGGGAGGAUAUGUUGAGUUUCACCGAGGAGCUUGGAGAGUUCAUGGAAUACUCUCUGUGUCUAGAAGUAUUGGAGAUGCCCAUCUGAAGCACUGGGUACUGGCUGAUCCUGACACGAAAAUUCUUCAGUUGACUCCAGAUAUGGAGUUCCUUGUUUUGGCUUCUGAUGGUCUUUGGGAAGAGGUUAGCAGCCAGGAAGCUGUUGAUAUUGUGGCACGACUAUUGUCUGGAAAACGACUGGGUGCUGCUGGAGGUCUUAGUAAUGAACAUGAUGAGGAUUUUGGCUGUGUGAAUGUAAGUCCGUCAAAAAUAAGAAGAGUUUCACUGGUUAAGCAGCAGAAGGAGACCAGUCAGUCACCAAGAUACAAGAAGAACAUUGAUAGCUGGAAAGAUAAUGAAAGUCCGUCAAAAAUAAGAAGAGUUUCACUGGUUAAGCAACAGAAGGAGACAAGUCAGUCACCAAAAUACAAUCAGAAGAUUGAUAGCUGGAAAGAUAAUGAAGAUGACGUUGGUUGUGAAAAUGGAAGUCCACCAUCGAAGUUACGAAGAAUUUCCUUGGUCAAGCGGAUAAGCAUGAAGCCUGAGUCUCCUAGUCAAGAAAACACCAGUUUUAAGAAGGGACCAUCAUCUGCUGGUCUUAUGGCUGCUUGUAAGGAGCUCGCUAGCCUUGCUGUGAGUAGGGGUAGUUUAGAUGAUAUCACCAUCAUGAUAAUUGAUUUAAAUCACUUCGGAUGAAUUCCUGCUUGCUUUACAUCUAGUGAUCAGAGGCAAGCUGAUGAGCCAGCCAGCGUAGGCAGAUCAGGCCAGAGCGUUUUUAUGUCAGUAUAUCGAACAAAGCUUGCCGGUCAGUGCCGCUUGAUUACUGUUACAUGGUGCAGGAAUUUGUUACUACAUGGUCUAUCUGUUUCUGUUCAAGGACCUGACGGGGACGAGCAUUAUAGGUGCAAAGUUGAGCUGAAGCCAUGGUAUUUCUGGAGAAAACAAGGCUCCAAGCAUUUUAUUGUUGAUGGUAGGACUGUUGAUGUGGUUUGGGACCUCAAGGCCGCAAAAUUCAAUGGUGAGACCGAGCCGCGAUCAGAUUACUAUGUUGCCAUCGUUUGUGAAGAUGAGGUGGUUUUACUUCUUGGUGAUCAAAAGAAAGACGCUUAUAGAAAGACAGGUUGCAGGCCAUCUCUUAUUGAACCGAUGUUAGUCUCCAGGAGGGAACAUAUAUUUGGUAAGAGGAAGUUCUCCACAAGGGUUAAGUUUAAUGACAAGGGAACCUUUCAUGAUAUCUCAGUCGAAUGCAACAAUUGCAUCAGCAGCAACAGCAGCUCUGAUGGGUUUGAUCCAGUAUUGGAGAUAAGAGUAGAUGGGAAAGUAGCGAUUCAGGUUAAGCACCUCCAGUGGAAAUUUAGAGGCAAUGAGUCCAUUAAUGUGGGAAAAAGUGGAGUAGAAGUUUUCUGGGAUGUUCACGAUUGGCUCUUUGGUUCUGGGCCAAGGCAUGGUCUUUUCAUAUUUAACCCAAUUCCAUCAUCUUCUGUAUCGCCAUCAUCAAUAUCAGCUCCAUCAUCCCCUCCAACAUCAUCAUGGACAUCGAUGCCUGUGUCAAAUCAGGAAGUGAAUUCUGCAUCAGGAGAUUAUGAUAAUGCAGCGGGUUCCUCCAAGUUCUGCUUAUUUCUAUAUGCCUGGAAGGUGGAAUGAAAAUUGUACAGUGCAUGGCACAUGAGUGGUUCCUUCAUACAUCAUCAUUACUAUAUCAUCAACAUCAUCAUCAUCAUUCAUGCAUCAUUUCCUGUGAAUUAAAAGCCGGUCAAACUGAUUGAGCUCCCAUAUUCAAAUAGAGAAAAAUGAAGGAUUAGGCUUUGGUUACCAACAUAAGGGCCCAAAGAAAGCUGGAAGAUGGCACUGCUGGACAGGAUUGGACAGGCCAGAUUGGACGACCUUGGAAGUUUUCCAAUAAUUCUCCAAUCUCCAGUACCAAUCAAGACUUUGAAAUGGUUUUGUAAUGUAGUUCAUAUAGAUAUAUAUUUGAAAUAUAUUGCGUGUGGCAACAGGGGGUCAACAGUGUUUAUAAUGAUGUAUGAAUCCGGCAAAAACAGCUGAUAUGUAGGAUGAUAUUAUGCAGUUGAUGGUGAUUGAAUCACCAAUUGGCAAGAGCCCGUGCAUACGCAUGCGUUUAGUGGAAAUGGAAGCUGUUGGUUUUCUCUCUUUUUCAAUAAAUGGUUGUUGUAGCUUUACAUGUGAUUUAUGGUUACAAGUUUGGAAAGUUAUAUUAACUAAGUAAUUUGAUCA